UGUGUUGUGUUUGCUAUGACUUCUGGUCAAAUGUGGAAUCAUAUCCGGGGACCUCCAUAUGCUCAUAAGAAUCCUCAGAAUGGACAAGUGAGUUACAUACAUGGGAGCAGUCAGGCUCAAUUUGUUGCAGAAUCCCAUAUUAUACUACUGCUGAAUGCUGCCAUCACCAUGGGAAUGGUCCUUCUGAAUGAAGCUGCUACUUCCAAAGGAGAUGUUGGAAAAAGGAGAAUAAUAUGCCUGGUAGGACUGGGACUGGUGGUUUUCUUCUUCAGCUUCCUGCUGUCAAUAUUCCGCUCCAAAUACCAUGGUUAUCCAUACAGCUUCUUAAUUAAAUGAAUUCAAGUGGGAUACGCAUAAGGCUAAUGUUUACUAUGAAGAUAAGCAAUCACUGAUAUUAUCUGCUCACCUGUUACAUUUAUUCAAGAUUCCUGUGUUGAUUCAUCUGUGUAUAUUUGUGUGUGUGUGUGUGUGUGUGUGUGUAUGUGAGAUAAGUUACAGUAUUCUUGUAGAGAAAACAAUUUGUUUUUAUACCUUACAUAAAGAGUGCUUCAUUUAAUUUAUAGAAACCUAUAUAUUAAAUGUUAAACAUCUUAAUGGAAAAUGUGGCAUACUGUUGUGGAUACAGUAUAUUCAGUGGUGCAAAAUUUAAAGAAUGUUAAUUAUAAUGUGUCUUGUAGUUGUAUUGCCACCUUGUUGACAAUUUAUUAAAAAAUCAAAUGCAGAUGACUGGGGUCUUUUUUGGUAAAGUGUUAUAAAGUUGUCCUGAGAUGCAAUUUAGGAACCUCUCCCCCCUCAAAAAAAACAACAAACAAA